CAGUAGCAAUGGCACUACGCUACUAGCAUUCUUUUCUUCCAGUUGUGUACGUACACCCUUUAAAAGUACCUAAAAGUUGAGUCUAGUGCGACUAUAAAAAGUUAAUCCCAGCAUGAUGUGUUUUUUUUGGGGGUUGUCACAUGUUACUAGAUGAUCAAUUGACAAGGUUAGACGGGCAUAUUCGAUGGGUUGUUCGAGUAGGGGGAUCCACCGAGAUACAGAAGAUUAGCGUGACCAGCAAUAGAAGCUUUCAUGUCUUUCAAGGUGGAAUAUUUGGCUUUUUGAACACAAAAACGGAACAGACAAACGGACUUGGAAUGAUUGAACAUUGAAACAGGUACUACAACAAACAUUUGGAGUGAAAACACGAUUAUUCUGUCAACGACGCAACACCCGCAAAGGCUUCGUGUUGUGAGUCAAGAUAUGUAUUGUGAACAACAAAAUACGGAAGUAUCUACUGUCAGACUUUAAAAGUGAACGAAAGGUUAUCGUUUAGGACUAUGUGAUCCGAAGCACGUUUAGAGAAGUAGACUUCACUCGACGUUUAUAGAAAAGCAAAUAUCUGGCAAAGAUAGGUGGGCUCAUAAAGAUGGAAAUGGAGAUGCUAACCGUUAAUUACAAUCAACUGUUUGAUGGUUAGAUUCUUGGAAGUGUAACUGCUAUUCAUUUCCAUUCCAAAAUAUUUUAUUCUGUUUUUUUGUAUUGUUUUUUAUGAUUUCUGGGAAUCUUUUAAAGCAUUUAUUGGGAUCUCUUGAAGUUAUUUUGGAGUCUUGUGGGGAUGUUUGCUAGUUUUCUAAGAUUUUCCUAUGCAUACUACAAAGGAUCUUCUGGACUUGUUUUGAUCAUAUUUCGGGACUCUCCUGGAGGUUUUUUGGAAUGUUCAGGGAAUCUUCUGGGGCUUUAUUUAAGGAUAUUCUGAGGUUCUGGUUCAAGUGAUUUCCUAGCAAGAAUUUUCUGAACAAAUCAGCAAGAAUUCCGGAAGAAAUCACAAGAGAAACAAAUGUAGGAACCCUUAAAAAGAGAUCCUGGUGGAAUUUCAAGAGGAACACCAGGGAAAUCCAUAGCCCUAUAGAGAAAUCUAGAGAGAAAUCCUGGAGUAAUCCCCUGAGGAAUUUCUGGAUAAAUUGUUUGAGUAACUUGUGGAGCUACAACUGAACACAUCCAUAUAUAUUUUCAAGCAAUCCCUUGAUGGAUUUCAAAAACAUGGUUGAAUUUCUGGGCAUAUUCCAAGAGAAAUUCUCUAAGGAAUCGUUAGAGCGAAUUUUGAAAGAUUCGUUAGAGAACCCUCACAUAAUUUCCUGGACAAAUUCAUUGAGUAAGUUUAGGAGAAAUCAUUGGAGUAAUCCCCACAGAAAUUCCUGGAUAUAUCCCUAGAGAGUGUAUGUAGAAAUUCCUGGGCAAAGUAAUUCAAGAAUACCAGCAAGAAAUCCAAAGAAAAACUUCUAGAAGCACCGCAGGAGGAAUGCCGGAAAAAAUUCUUAGGAAAAUAUCUGAAGGGAUUCUUCCAAAAUCUCCGGAAGAAUUCUUGGUGGAAUUUCCGGAUGUAUUCCCGGUGGUACACCAGCAGACAUUCUGGGAGAAUUCGCAGCAAUAAUUUCUAAAGGGCAUUCUUGAACUUGAAGAAAUUCCAGAAAUUAGGGUGUAAUAUCUGAAAAACCCAUGCGGAAAAUUCCUAGAGGAAAUUUAGGAGUGAUUUCUCUGGAAGAAUUCCGGCAGCAACCCCUGAAGCAAUUCCAGCAGGACACCUACGGCAUAAAGCAAAGUUUCGUGUUCGAAAGGAAUCGCUCGAGAAACUUCUUGACCGAUUCCUGGCAGGAACUUUCUACAGUGACUUCCAUUUCUUCGCAACUGUGUACUGCGAUCGAAGAAAAAUCACUUCCUUGAGCGAUUCAGGCAAGGAAUUCCCUAUGCAUCAAAUAUUUCUGGUAGAAACCCUGGAAUCUCUAGAAAUAAAAAGCAAAUUUAGCAUUUUUUUAUAUUGGGCAACGUUUGACGUUGAUUCUGUUCCAGAAGUAAGUAAGAAGAGUUUUUCAGCAAUUUGAAACGAUAUUGGUUUAAAAGGUUGGAUAGGCUUAGACCACGUUAGGCGUCAAAGGAGCAGGAAAUGUGCUAGUCAAAAAAAUAACCGUUUUAAAAAGUAACCAGGGAUUUGUUCGUUACGUAAUUUAUAUAUGACGCCAAAAGACAUCAACUGACUUAACAUUGAUUUUAAAAUGGAGGUACUGAGUGAAACACCCUUUUAUUUUCCUUAUUGAAAAGAGGCUGACAAAAUCGGGUCAUAAAUAUGAAAAAACGGGUUAUAUCCGUAAUAUCUUGGUGCUCGAUAGGACCACCUCUGUUAAUUUUUGUUAUUCUAAUGAUACUAAAAUGGCAUUCAUUCCAACACUAAGAUAAAUAUUUUUAAGAAGAAACUAGGGUCUGUUAGUGUUAUUUUAUUUUUUACCGCUUCAGCCAAACGGUAUUAAGCCACUUGGUACUUCUUCCAAAAUAGCUCAUGCGUUCACACGACAUGCUAAAAUUGGGAACCCCUGCCCGUAGCUCUUUAAAGCUUCCGAUCGGGUAAGAAUAAGUGCCGAAUCAGUCGGGACGCACCUGAUUCGCGGCGGCAGACUGCGCAUAUGGAGAAAUGGCACACAGACACCGAGUGUUGAGUGCUGAGAGAGCAGUGAUGUGAUGGCCCGCACCCCGUUAUUGCGGUUGUCCCGAGGGAACUUUCCGGGCCGCGUCAGUGUUUUUCUACAUCUCGAUCAGUGUGCACAGUGAUAAGAUUCAGGCAAGAUUGGUAUCGGAGAAGCGAACGACAGACGACGAUGAAGCAUCUGCUGGUGGCCGUCCUGUACGGGGGCUUUCUGUGUCUCCAUCAGGGGGUGGUCCCGCAGGGAUUGUCCCGCCAGGCGCUGAUCGAGGUCAACGCUAGCGAGUUUAAUGAGUUUGAUAUUGAGCACUUUACGCUGAAGAUCGAACAGCUGGACAUGCGGAUGAUGCGCUUUGAGCUGAACAUCCAGAAGAAGGUGGACACGGUGUCGAGUUUGCUGCAGAAUCUGGUGCACGUGAUCGAUAACCUGGCGUGGCACAUCUCGGAAACGGAACGGUCGGCCAACAGUGCCGAGCAUCAGCUGAGGGUGAUCGCCAAGAAUUUGACACUGCUACACAAGGAGAUGAGGGACCUUGCCAUAGCUCAACAGAGGUUACCGACGCGAGGUUACUUCGACGACGCCAUGAUGAUGAUGAAGGCCACAGCCAAUUGCGAUGGAAACGGCGACAUCAUGCAGCUAGAUCAGAUGCAGAGUCAGAUGAGUUUGUUAACGACGGAGAAGCCUCCGGCGAUUUUGGAGGCUUGCGAUCAGCUUCCGGAUGGCAGCCGUAGCGGAGUGUGGGACGUCCAACCGGAGGGCGAGUUCAGCAAAGCGAUUCGAGUGUUCUGCGAUAUGACGUACGAGGGUGGCGGGUGGACCGUCUUCCAAUAUCGGUUCGACGGAACGGUGAACUUCUACCGCGACUGGGACGAAUACCGGUUCGGGUUCGGCAAGAUGGAUGGCGGCGAGUUUUGGCUGGGACUGGAACGAGUUCACCAGUUGACCUACUCCGCUCCGCACGAGCUGAUGAUCCUGCUGGAGGACUUCGAUGGCAACACGACUUAUGCCUAUUUUGCAAACUUUGAAAUUGCUAGUGAGACGGAACUUUACAAGGUUACGAAGAUCGAUGGAUUCAAUGGAACGGCCGGGGACUCGAUGAGCUACACGCUGGGAGCGUACUUCAGCACGUUUGAUGAGGAUAACGAUACGCACGAGGAAAACUGCUCCGUCAAGUAUCAUGGAGCGUGGUGGUACCGGAAUUGUCACUCCAGCAACCUGAACGGCAAAUAUCUGUGGGGUAAGAACGAAGAGUUCGGCGUAGGAAUGUCCUGGGCCAAGUUCCACGGCGUUGGUUAUUCGCUACGGAUGUCCCGGAUGAUGAUUCGGCGGAAGAACAUAAAACGGAAACCGGAAAUCGAAGGAAUGAUGGAACUCAAGGACUCGUUGGCAAAAAUGUGAUCACGCACUGAGGAGCAGUUGACGUAAGAUAGUGGAAUCAAAUGUAGUGCAUUUCGUGUUAGAAGCCUUUCCGUAGCGCGAACAUAAAUUAGUAGGAAUGAUUUGUUUUGUAAAAUAUACUACUGUAGUUCAAAUAAAUAUUUAGGAAAACCUUUUGGAAUUCUGUAAUAAGUUGGACUUUCCCUAUUGAUAUCCCUCCAUGAAAUCCCACCAGAAGUUCCUUCGGGGAUGCUUCAGUUAUUAAGGAAUUUCCAAGUUUGGAAGGAAUUCCUUAACGAAUUCUUUUAAUAGUUUCUUCGGACAUGCCGUUAGCGAUUCUCAUUGAUUUUCUCUAAUUCUUUUUUUAAUUCUACCAAAAUUUUCCUAAAAUAGUUUCCCCGAAAGAUUUCUUCAGAGAUUCUUUCAUGGAUGUUUCUGGGAUUUCUCCCUUGAUAAGCUUGUACGAUUCCACUUGGUUUUUGUAUUCAAUGAGAAGUUUUUGUUUAAAUAUCUAAAACAUGACUGGUCGCAGAAUUUUUUGCAGAAUUCUUCCUGGGAUAAUUCAAAUUUGGAGUCUUUACGGAGAUUCCUUUAAGAGUUCCACCAGGUUUAGUAAUUUCUUUACUUUCGGAAAUCAUUUUCAAUUCCACCUAAAGUAUCUUCAGAGGAUUGAAAGAGUUUCUCUCUGAAAUUUCCCAUUUUUUUUAAUUCUUCGGGAGUUUCAGGAAAUCCUUCUGGAAUUCAUCCAGGAAUUUCUCCUGGGAUCCAGCAGAAGGUAUUCCUGGGAAUUUCAGCAAAUUUACACGGGAUUUCUUUUGGGAUUCCUCCACAUGUUCUCUCAGGGAUCGAUUAGGGAAUUUGUUCAGAGAUUCAUACAGAAACUUUUGCCAAAAUUCUUUCAGGGAUUCAAUCCAGGAAUUCUAUGCGAGAUUCCUCCCGGGAUUUUUUUAGGACUUUUUUAUGUCAUCCUUCCAGGAGUCCAACAAGAACUUCUUUCAGUAUCCUCCAAAAACUUAUACGGAAUUUUUCCUGCAGCUUCUUCCGGGAUUCUUUCAGGAACCACUUCUGGGAUUGCUUCAAGAAUUCCUUCCGGGAUUCCUUCAAGAAACUCUACCAGGAUUCUUUCGGGAACUCUUUCCGAGAUUCCUUCGGGAGCUCCAAUUGCAUCUGGAACUUCUUCAGGAACUCCUUCGUGGAUUUCUUCAGAAACUUUCUCCGGCAUUCCUUCUGAAACUCUUUCUGAGAUUUCUCGUGGAACUUAUUCCGGGAAGUUCUUCUGGAAUUCUUUCAGAAACUAUUCCCAGGAUUUAUUCAGAAACUCUUUCCAGGAUUCAUCUAGGAAAUCUUUUCUAAUUUCAUCCAUGAGUUCCGUUUGGAUUUCUACAGAUCCUUCUGGAUUUACUUUGGAAGUUUAUUCUAAUGGAAAUCCUCCUGAAGUUUUUGUUAAUAGAAGUCCUCAUGAAGUUCCUACAGGAUUUCCUUGAGAAAAUACUCAAGCAAGUUCCUUCUUCUUCCUUUUUCUCAGAAGCUAUUAGGAUGGAAUAUCUGGAGGAUUCAAUCCCAGAGUAAUGCCGGUAGAAAUCCCUUGAAGUCCCAGAAGGAAUCUCAGAAGGAAUCCGGGUAGUAUUUCCUGAGAUGGAGCCUGUUAGGAAUCUUAGAAGAAUUUCCUGAAUGACCUCAGAGGGAACUUCAGAAGGAACCUCAAAAAGAAUCUCAGAUAUAGCUCCCUGAGGAAUCACAAAAGAAAAUCCUACAGGGAUCCUAAGAAAAUGUAGUGAAACUACGGAAAGAAUUCCUGGAAGAAUUUCUGGAAAAAUUGCUGGGGUAAUAUUGGAAGAAGUAAUCCUAGAGGGAUCUCAGAGUUAAUUUCUAGAGAAGAUUUGAAAGGAAUUUUCAAAAAAUCUAGGAACUUCUGAAAUCAUUUCGCCAGCACCUCCCACACCGCAACAAUCUCAGAAAAUAUUCCAUGAAAAGCUCUGCGAAGUCCGAAAGCUGAUGAAAUUGUUCUAAGUCCGAAUCGUAAACAACAAGGCCACGAAACCUCAAAGAUUUAGAAAAAAAAUAUCAUAGUAACCGCCGUAUGCACUGCCCUAAUGCGUACAACAGGGCACUGCACAAAGUUCUCUCCUUCUCUUUCAUUCAUACAGAAAUUUUGUAAACAACAACGUCAAGAAACGUCAAAAUUCCAUACAAAAUCAAAACAAUGCAGUGCCCAACACUGCACGUCGCGGUUGCUAAGGAAAAGUCUUUGCCGAUUUGAACUUAGAAACGUCGGCUUUCAUGGGUAGUGCGAUUGAAUUCAAAGUAUGUGCUUUACCCGCGUGGAAGAGUGCACUUAUUUACGACCUUUUACGACUUGCUAGAGGGAUUUUGAGAGAAAUCUAAACUAUGAGAUUCCAAUGUAGGUAAUUCUGGAGCGUUCCGUGGAGAAUGCUGACCGACAUUUCGCUUCUGGGGAGACAAAAAGAACUCCUGGAUAAACACCUGGAGCAAUCAUUGCAGAAACUUUUGGACGAAUCUCAAACAGAACUCCAGCGGAAAAUCUACAAGGAGUUCCUGGAAAGAACUCCUGGUGAAGCUAAGAAAUCAUGGAUGCCUACCAGAAGAAACUCCGGAAAGAAUCGUUGAAGGAUCUUCUGGAGGGAUCCUCAAAAGUAGAUAAGUAGAAAAAGAAGAAACGCGUUGAGAAAUCCCAGGAUAAACUUCCAGAAUGUAGAAGGAAAUUCUGGGAUCUGUUCAUGGUUUUCCCCAGGAUUUCCUUCUGAGUUAUUCCGGAAUCAGAAGGGGUCAUUGGAAUUGGCCCGUUUGGGAAAAAUGAGUUUUCGAUAUGAUAACAAUUUAGUUUUCAGACCUAAUAGUGAACUGGAAUGAUAAAAAAAUAUGUUUAAAAGUCCAUCCCGGUCACUAAGUGCCUUGGAACCAGUUUUACGGAUGUUCCGGGAAACCGGUUCCGGGGUCAAUUUUUGAAUAUGCUUCAAUACCAUCAUGCGACACCUCAAACUUUAUGAUUUUUCAAGAUACAUCAUUCUGAGCUGUUUUUGUGUUAUCCGAAAUACUUCUGGCCAUAUUGGAACAGAUAUGCGGAUUUAACGGGAAUCGGUUCCGGUGAUUCCGGGGUCCAUUUUUCGAAGAUGAACAAACACCAUCAUCAUGCGACAUAUCAAACUUCACGAUUUUGAAAAUUAUAGCAUAUGAUCACGGUGAUUAAUCACUUAGAAAACAUUUGGGCAUUUUGGAAUUAUUUCGAUUUCCCGAAAUCCAGUUCAGAAGACAAGUUUUAAAAAUAGUUCAUAACUGUCUAGCGGCAUUUUAAACAUCACGGUUUUCGAAAUACACCAUUCUGUGCUAGUUUAACGUUGUCUGAAAUACCCGAUAUACGAUUUUUUAGGAAACCUGUUCCGGUGGUUCCCGGAUCAUUUUUGUUUUUUUCGAUAGUAAACAAAUACCGUCAAGCGACACCUCAAAUUUCGUGAUUUUUCAAGAUACAUCGUUCUGAGCUAUUUUAAAGUUAUCUGAAAUAUUUGUUCCUGCGUUUCAUUCUGGGACUCCUUCAAGAUUUUAUUGAGGAAUACCUCUAUCGAUUCUUCCAGGGAUUUUUCAAAGUACCCCUUUAUAGGUUCAUCGAGAUAUUUCUCCACUGAACUUCUAUUAGGAUUCCUUCAGGAUGUCCUGAUGGGGUUUCACUAGUAACUGCAAAGAUUCCACCAGCAAACUCUUCUAGGAUUUCUCUAGGAAUUGCUAUUGGAAAUCCUUCAGGAGCUCCUAGUGGGAUUAUUCAAGAAAAAUCUUCCUGGGAUUUUUCCAUAAGUUCCUUCGGUGAUUUUUCCAGGAAUUCCUUCAGAGGUUUCAUCCAGGGAUUUGUCGACAAAUUCCUCAUAGGAGUUCCUGCAGGAGCUCCUAUUGACCGUCCUUUGGAAACUCGAGCAACUAUUGCUGCGAUUUUUCUAACAAUUUCUAGGGUGCCUGUACCAGUUAUCGCACUACCUAAGGAAAACUAUUUCUACAAAAAUAAGAAGAAGACCGACGAAUGUUUCCAAUAUGCCAAAUGAUUGUGUAGUUUCCAUACUUUACAGGAAAAAUAAACAUACUGAGCCAAAACUACUUUUAGUAUUUAUUACGGCGUGUGCCAAUGAUAGGAACCCUGUACCAGUUAUGGACACAUUUUCUUAUUUCGAUUUCAUUUCGCACUAUUCGCAUGCAUUCCUUAUGGGAUUAGCCAUAACUGGUACACUAUGGCGAAAUAGGGUGCAAGGAAGCCCAAAUUAUAAAGAAAAUGAUUUAUUUCUAUAACAAUUUUAGCAAAUUGUGAAGUUUGAAUGAUUGCAAUCAUCUUUUGUGAGUGUGAUCUUGUAUCCACACAAUAUUUCAUGUUGUUUUUCAUCGUUAAAGGUUGAAAAUCAACUAUAGCCAAUUUGAGAUACUAUAGCCAUAACUGGUACACUGAGCCUACUAGAAUUCCUUCAGAAAUUAUAACUGUGGUACCUUCAGGAAUUCUACUGGGGAUUUUACUAGAGUUUUCUUCCAGCAUUCCUGCUGGGAAUCUUCCUGGAAAUCUUCCUAGUAUUUUUCCGGAAAUCCCUUCGGUGAUUCUCCCAGAGAUUUCUUCAAAGACUUAUCCAAGACUUCUCCUGAGAUUUUAUCCAGGGGUGCUUCCAGAAAUGUCUGAUGGGAUUUCUCCAUCAACAUCUUCAGAUAUUGAAUCCAGAAAUUCCAGCUGGAACUUCCUCAAGCAAUAGCCACUGUGGUUCUAAUAUUUCUCCUGAAGAAUCUUUGAAGAAAUUCUUAGAAGCAUUCUGGGAUAUUUCAUUGUAGAAAAUUCAGCAGAAAUCCUGGGAGUAAUUGUUGAAGAAAACUGUACAGGCAUUUCUAGAUAAACCCCAUCAGAGAAAUUUCUGGAAGAAAAACCUGGAGUAAUACAUAGAGAAGUCCCAGAAAGAACCGGUAUAGGUAUUCUGGAGGAAUCGCCGAAGGAAUUUCUGAAGGAAUCCCAGAAAGAUUUCCCGGAAGAAUUCCAGCAAAAAGGAUUAAUUCCUAUAUGAAUUCCUACGAGCAUUCCUGAAGGUAUUAUUAAGUCUAUGGUAUUAUAGUUAGAAUUUCUGGAGGAAGAAGUGCUGGAAGAACCGAAGGAGGAUUUAUUUAAGCAAUCCUUGGAUUCUGCAGGAGUAUUACUAGGAAUUCAUCGAUGAGUCCUUAGAGAAAUCCCUGGAAAAGCAUCCGCAUGAAUUUCUACAAGAAUUCCAAGAAGAUUUCCCGGAAAGUCCCAGGAGAAAGCUCGAGAAGAAACCCUAGCAGUAUUUCUGAAGUACCACAGUUUGAAUAUCUGGAGGAGUCCUAUAGCAAGAAUAGAUAGAAGAACGAGGAAAUGUGAUGGCUGUCGAGGAAAUGUGACGAGGCCUGGGGCGACUUGUCCAGAUGUCCAACAUGUGCAUUGCACAUGUGGAGCCACAUUAAAAAUGCGUCCAAAAUAAAACUCUGAAACCGUUCAUUAUGAAAAUCGCACGACGAUUUUUCAUACGCCUAUGAGAAACACGUGCGUGGUGGAUGCGCUACAUUUAACGACCAUCGUUGUUGAUGCAUGUUCAUUUCUGGUGUCGUGCAGACCUGAGAGUACCGACGCGACCGGUGCGAACCGUCGCGUUGCAUGGGAGUGUUUUUUCUCUCUUGCGUCUCUCUCAGAGCAUUUGUUUGGUUGCAAUGUUUAUGUCGCCUGUUCAUCUGCAACAUCGUACAUGCGAGGUGCCGUUUGUAUAAGAAUGCAUACGGGCAUUUUUGUCAUUGUGUUGGUGUAUGUUCAGUGCAGAAAAGCGGUCUGACCGUCCAUCGCCAAUAUCGCACUGGUUGUGACGGCGGUACCCGUAUGCGGAUGAAACAAACAGAACCCACGAAUGUAGCACGCUGAUGUAUUUUCUGCACACCGCGCAUUGUUGACUAUGCUUGAUGGAUAAUAUUUUCAGCGGGGAAUCAAAGGAUCAACGCAUUUCAUGUUUACUGCUAAUAGAGUUAAACUUCACAAAAUUUCAUAUUCUAAAAGUAAGGCCAAAAAAACAAUUUUGAGUUGGUUCAAUUGACUGAUUCAAUACGUUAGCAUGUUGAGCAAAUUUGAUUUUGAAAUCAGUGGAUGGAGCAGUGGUUGUGAGCAAAGAUAUAUUUUUUAUCUGAUUAUCCUUAUGUUGUGAUGUCAUGUUAUGAUGUCAUGUUUGAGAUGGAACUAGAUUAAUUGAAAAAGCAUAACAAAGUUCAUACAAACAAAUGAUAAUAAUAUGCGAUAAUAAUCAAAUAAAUUUUUGAACAGGCUCAACUGAAUUUGGAUGUGGUUGCAACUGCGAGUUUAUUCAAUACCAACCCAUGUUCAAUCACGAAAAAAACAUAAGUCAUAAUCAUUCAUCUGUUACGCUUCGUAUUAAGCAGAUGUUUAUAGAAUUCGGCAUACUUUUUUUCAUGUUCGACCUCAAAACAUAAAAAAAAGCAUGAGAAUUUGUAGUACAUACGAGGUUAUUUAUAUUCUCGGCUUCGUAAAUUAGCCAAACAAAAAUGUUGAACAUGUAGCCGAAAAGGUCACGAGUCGCCCCUGCUGGCGCUAUACGUGGAUGGUGUGUUGAUUACUGACCGAAACUUAUCCAGUAUCUAGCAGCUCAAGAAGACCCUUUCAAACGAAUUCAAAAUGACGGAUUGUGGAGAGACCAGAUAUUUCUUGGUAUUUGGAUCAGUAUGACAGAAACGCAGGAACAAUGAUGUUGUCGCAAGAAGCUGCAGCUUAAAGAUUCGGGACAAAUUUGGCUUGAGUACCUGCAAUCCUGCGCAUACCCCAAUGGAGAAGGGACUCUAACUAAAAUGGUAUAAAAAUAGAACAAGUCUUGCGUACCAAGAACUAUUAGGCAGUAUAAUGUACCAGAUGUUAUGCGUAAGAUCAGACCUGUGCUUUCCUAUCAUGGGACAUGGGACUGCGCUUCAAGAGGACUGAAUCCAGUACACCGCUAAUGGACUAUUGAUAAGCAAUAGUUCUCGUUCAGCCCCGCCGCCUUGUUCUUCAUCUCCGAACCUCUGCGACAUCAACAGUUUCUGUCAGGAGUUUCUUCAGAAAUUCCUUUCGAGACAUGUUUUGAGAAUCCUCCAGGACCUCCUUCCGGGGCUCCAGCAGGAAUUCCAUCCAAAAUUCCUCGAGAAGUUUUUUUCUAAAAUUUUUCCAGGAAUUCUUCUACUUUUCUUUUCUACUAACGAGGACUCUCUCAUUCUGAGAUUGAAUGGAAUGGAUACCACAAGCUCUUUCUGGGAUCUCUCCUGGAGUUCUUUUUUUGCGAUUACUUCCUGGUUUUCUCUAGACGUUUCUUCUCCAUUUUUUUUCUGGGACUACAUCACGAACUUCUUCUAGUUUUUUUUCUCAGGAACUCCUUCCAGGAUUCCUUCAGAAUCAAAAAAAAAAUGAAUUGAUCAAUUUGUCCAGCAGUUUUGUAAGAAAUCGUCCAAGAGUAUUUUCUGGGUUUCCUCCUAGUCGUGUCGAUUAUUCAAUCUGAGAGAUCUAUUUGAAAACAUUCCGAAAGGAUGAAUCCGAGUGAAAACAAAAAUUUGGUGCCCGGUGGUAUUGAUGAGUUUUCGUGGAAAAUCUGCCCAUCAGGGCGUCAAAACAUUGUAACAACACAGUAGAAUGUAUCAUAUAGAUAGAUUUAUGUUGUUUGAUCAAUCUAACGUUAAAUAGCAUUGCUCUCAGCUUAUUCAUGUUGCCCAAGAAUAUCCGCGUCGAAAACUGUGUUUCUAUGCAUGUAAACUUGAUUUUACAACAGUGAACAGCAAUUGGGUCAUGAGCGGCUUACUGGUACUGUAGCUAACUAUAACUUUUCAUUUCACUGGUGUUCCUUCUGGGCAUUCCUUCAGCAAUUUUAUCUGGAAAUUCCUCCAGGGAUUCUUUUAAAGAAUUUCUACAGUAAUUCCAUCUGGACAUUCUUGCAGAAACUUUAUUUUCAUAUAUAAAUUUUAUCUUGGAUUACAAUCCAGGAAUUCCAUCUAUUGAUCCGAAAAUGUCAAUUUGGAUUCCUCUAAAAACUCUAACUGGGGAUUCCUCCAUGAAGUUUUUUUGGGGAUUCCUCCAGGAAUACCAUCGCGGGAUUUUUUUAGUAAUUCUUUUUGAAAAUUCUUCCUCGAACUCCAUCUGAGAAUAAAAUCGGAAAUGCCAUGGUUAAUCGCUCAGAAACUCUUUCUGUAGAUGGCUACAGAAGUUAUAUGUAUGCAUGGAUUCCUCCCGGAACUCUAUCUGUCUAUAAUUUAGGAAAUUCAUCCUCGAAUUCCUUCAGAAAUUCCUGCUGCGGUUUCAUCUGGGGAUUUCACCUUGGAUUCCUUUUGUGGAUUCCUCCAAAGUCCUUUAUGGAUUUCAUCUAGGGGUUUCUCCAGCUAAUCCUUUGGAAGUUUCGUCAGAGAUUUAUGUAAGAGUUUACUCUGGGGUUCAGGAAUUUGAUCUAGGGGUUUCUCCAGGAACUCCUGAAGAUAUUCUUAGGGGGAUUCCGAAGGAUUCCCAGAAGACAUUUCUCAAUGAAUCCAAACAAAAUGAUUUGAAUGAUUCCCACAAUAAACUCUUGUAGGAUUCCAAGAAAUAACUCUUGCAAUUUUUUUACAAGGAACUCCUCAAUGAUUUUCACAUUUUCAGAAGAAACUUCUGAGGAAUUUUCACAAAUAAUCCAUGGAAGAUUUCCAUAAGGAAUACCAGUAGGGCUCCCAGAAGAAACUUGUGGAAACUUCCGGUCUGUCGAGUAUUCCUAGUCAAAUUUCCAGAAGGAGCUCCUGGAGGAAUCUCUUGGGGGAAACGUAGUACCAAAUUCGGAGAAAUACUAAAGGCGAUUAUAGAGAGAAUCUAACAAAAGCUGUUCGAAGAAUUCAAGAUUGAAAUUCCAGAAGGAAUUUCUGCCCGAAUAUCAAAAAGGACUCAUGCAUGAAUCCCAGAAGGAACACCUGAUGAUUGUAAUUGUAAUUGUAAUUGCUCAGUCCACACCCAGGCCGACAACUGUCAGCCCAUCUGCUUGUAGGCAGAUGUGGACCUACUAAGCCUCCCCCGUUAACAUGUCCUACACCGAAUUAGCACACCGGGAUCUUCCACAGGCAGGCGCUGGCGUUACCAGUCCCAAUAAGUGUCAGAUACAUUAAAUAGAUGGGGUAGAGGAUAUAGGAAGAUGUGGGAAUAGGAUGGGAAGAGGCAGAAAAUGAAGAGAUAGUAGAGAGGUUUCGAUUUUGUUGCUGAAACGAGAAAAAGAAAGAAUGAUAAAGAACAUUCUAGUGAUAUGUUCAUAGAUUAUGAUUUGGUCGAUAAUUUCUCAUCUAUUUUGUUUCCAUAUCGUUGCAUCGGUGACCAUUUUCAUCGCCUUUCUAGUUUUUGUUAGGGCCAUCUCGCGUUUUUUCGUCAUGUCCUCUUUGCCGGUUGGCGACGUUCGGGAUGUAAGUAGAAAAGCAUGCAUUUAAUAUGAUUAGUACGACAGUAAUUGUGAUUGCUCAGUACUUCCAGCCCAUUUGUCCGCAGUAUACAGGGUGUUAGGUUCAUGAGUGCAAACUUUUUAAAGGGUGAUAGAGGACCAUACAUGGUGAAAAAAAUUGUUCUACGCAUAUGGUCAAAUCUCAACCGUUACGUAGUUAUUGAACUCCCCAUGUUUUUGACUCUUAUUGCCUUAAGUGGCUAUAACUUUAAAAUGGUCAAACUUAUCGCAGUUUUUUUAAUCUUAUUCGAAAGAUUAUUGAAUUUUCUAUCAAAUGGCAUCUUUGAACCGAUUGGUUUAGCUAAAUAACUAAAUUUUCUAGAGCAAAAUAGCUAAAAAUAGCGUGUUUUUGUUUGUUUAUGUCCAUUAUCUUUAAAACAUGCGUAAUAAAUUAAAAUUCUUUCUUUGGGAAAGUUGUGGCCUCAGUUCCACUCUACAAUUUGUUCUUUGACGCCAAACUUCUAACUCUUAUCGUUUUCUUGCAAUUUUGAUUUAAAUGUGCAGCACAGUGCGCAAAAAAGUGCUUACCAUGACGAUUGCAAAUUUUUGAUCUGAAAUGCGACGUUUAAAUCGAAAUUACAAGAAAACGAUAAGAGAUAGAAGUUUGAUGUCAAAGAACAAAUUGUAGAGUGAAACAGGGGCCACAACUUUGCCAAAGAAAGAAUUUUAAAUUAUUACGCAUUUUUCAAAGAUAAUUGACAAAAACAAAUUGAAACACACAACUGUUAGGCUAUUUGAUCUAGAAAACUUAGUUAUUUAACUAAACCGAUCGGUUCAAAGAUGCCAUUUGAUAGAAAAUUCAAUGAUCUUUCGAAUAAGGGUUAAAAAAGUGCGAUAAGUUUGACCAUUUUAAAGUUAUAGCCAGUUAAGGCAAUAAGAGUCAAAAACAUGGGGAGUUCAAUAACUACGUAACGGUUGAGAUUUGACCAUAUGCGUAGAACAAUUUUUUUCACCAUUUAUGGUCCUCUAUCACCCUUUAAAAAGUUUGCACUCAGGAACCUAACACCCUGUAUAUCAGGCAUCCCGUUUUAACAAGUCCUACACAGAAUUAGAAACCCGGAUCUCCCACAGACAGUCCUAACUCGUGUCAGAUAAGUUCAAUUGAGGAUAGGAAGCGGCAAAAUGAGAAGACAGUAGAGAAGGUUUGGUACAUUGGUAGCUGUGUUCAUGUGAUGUUUGUCUGACAUUGAAAAACUAUUUUCCGUAAGUGUUUAACUCUCUACCCCAAAUGUCUGAUCAGAUGUAUAGUUUGGCAAUUCUAUGCCCAUACAUCUUUUAUCAAGAAGGAAUAAUGUUGUUUACUGUUAUGGAAUAAUUCAGUUAAGGGGCAGCUAAUGCAUUGUAAUCCAGAAUAAACCUACAGAAAAUGUCCCAAUAAAAAGUUAACACUAGUUCAACUAACUACACAAACUAAAAAGUGUUAUUCUAUUUUACCAAUGAUUUCAUCCUAAUCUUGACCCUAACAUAGUUAUGCGCUUAGUGUAAGUGGACGCCGCUUAUGAUUUUGGUUGGAUAAUGAUCAAAAAUAGUGUUGUUUCGACAAUAGUCACAUACUAUGCCCUACGACAUUGACGAUUCUAUUGUCUAUGGCUCACCUAUUUGGCGCCACCCAGCAGGGACUUGGUCUGGUACCCAAUUCAGUAUAUCCGCUCCACGUAAUGUACCGUACCUCUUUCGAUUUGUGAUAUAUUACGCGGAACAUUACUCUCUUCAUUCGGAUAGCGGCUAUGUAACCCAUUGGAUUAAAAACCUCCAUCAAACAUGAAGCGAUUAAUCGGAAACUGAAGACUCUAUACCAAAUUUGGCUCAGAGACAGGUAAUCAGUGAGGUCAGUUUUUCUCGUUUGUCAGAGACGAUUGAUACGUAUUAAGACAAACUUUCCACUGCAUCUGCCAGCAAUAAUCGGUGAUCGAUCAACAUUUCGAGUACCUACCCCAAUUUACACAAGAAUGCCAAGGAUCACCGCUCAUGCUUUACAAUACAGUUGGAAAAACUAGAGCAACACCUGGCCACAAUGAUGCAUAAAGCACUAAAGCGGACCGGAAGUGUUGGUGAGCCAGCCCCCACCACUUCCGGUCUGUCGAGUAUUCUUAGUCAAAUUCCCAGAAGGAACUCCUAGAGGAAUCUCUUGGGGGAAACGUAGUACUAAAUACAGAGAAGAAUUUUAGAGAGAAUCUAACAAAAGCUGUUCGAAGAUCUGAAAUCUGUCAACGCAAUUUUUUCAGACUGCAAGCCGAAAACCCAAGAAAUCAAGCACCCAAAUCAGUCGAUGUUCGAAGAAUUCGAGAUUGAAAUUCCAGAAGGAAUUUCUGCCCGAAUAUCAAAAAGGACUCAUGCAUGAAUCCCAGAAGGAACUCCUGAUGAUAUCCCAAAAAUAUAUACUUUUGGCGAAAUCUCAGGAAGAAUUUCUGAUGAAACCUGAAAAGGAACUCCUGGUGCAAUGUCAGAAGGAAUUUAGGGAGAGAUUUCAGGAAAUAAUCCUCGAAGAACUUCUAGAGAAAUUUCUAACGUUUUCCUGAAUCUCUUAGGAGAGUUUUAAGAAAAUCUCUUGGUUAAAACACAUAAUAAGUUUCAGAAAGCUUUUUGUCGGCGACGUUGGCGUCAGGUGAAAAACUAUAACAUGUAAAAUGAGCAGCAAAAGUCAAAGAACAAUGAAGUUUGAUAGUAAACUGCAUAAUUGUGAUUUAGCAAUGUUUUCGAGUAAAAGUUAAAGUAUAUAUUGAAAUAUUUUGUCAAACAAAUGAUAUAUUCCGAUAUUGUCAAUCAAAAGUCGCGGAACAUCUUGGACAAACGGAACAUACUUGUUCGGUUUGUUGAUUGCAAAUACCUAUAUCAGAAAACCAGAAAAACCAUAAUAUAAGAGAAUAAUCAUUGAUGACCAUCACGCCAAAAACCUACCUUUCCAUCAUACACCAGCGGUGGCAGCGACGAACACGCCCGUUCCAAUUCGUCCUUGACCUGCAGCUCGGCCACAAUCCUUUUGAUGGCUCCUCCGACUGCUCCCCUUGCCUCCUGGUCAACGCUGUCACUGGCCGCCUGCAGCAGCAGCUGCUGCAGCUCCACCACCCCCCUAACAGUGGUCACACCCCCCGAGGAAGAAGAACCGGAACCCGUUUCGUCUGCUGCUUGAUUCCCAGACAUGACCGUGCCGUUGCCCUCGCUUCUUCUUUUGCUACGACCCACUGCUUCCUCCGGUGUUUCGGCUUCUCCCUAAUCCCAAUUAGUGGUGCUUCUACGUCUGCUACAACGAUAAUGCUUCUUGGUUCGUUCGGACAAAAUACGCUCAUACUGCAGCCAGCGGCUUCACUAUCUUCAGACCCACCGCGGCCGUCGACGACGAUGACGAUCGGAAGGAAACGUCAUCCGCCUAAUCCCUAAUCUGCACUUCCAUGACUUGCAUCGUUUCUCUUCCCCCUAUGGGUGCAGUGCUGCAGCAGCAGCAGCAGCAGCGGAUGAUUUUUCAGACACUACGUGCAUAAUUUCACUUUGGCACCCCUUCUUUUUCAGCAAUUUAGCCAUGCGAAAUCCGCAUCUCAGCGCAACCACUUGCGCUAUUUAUCGCGAACACUUUUUUUUUGUUGCCCCUUGAUUAAUCGCGAAACACUUUCUAGAAAAUUUUACAUCUCCACAAACACUGCCACGGAGUGAUUCACACAACACUUAUUUCACGCAAACCCUGUGUUCCCGAGUAUGGGACGGGACGGCUGAACCACCCAGAAUUCUAGAACUCUUCCUCCCCGAAGGCAG